GGAUCAGUUUAAGGAGCUAUGCAUUACGGGUUUAUCAAUGCGAGCAAGAGAUUUAUUUAAUGGGAUAACCAAAUGCUCCACACCUGUAUUUUUAUCAUACAACAAUAUUAGGGCGAAAGUCAAUUCGCUUCUAAAUGGAUAUUGGUUGCGACGAGUGGACAUGAACUUUCAAGAAAUUUUGAAUAAUCAAAAUUAUAUUGGCUUCAAUCUUUACUUUCACAUUCCAUCAGAAUGGAUUGAAAAUUGUUUGGAUAUUGAAAGGCUGUCCGAUUUCCUUAUAUUAGCUGCAGGUGUUAGGCGGUAUUCGCUUUUCAACGACAAUCCCAUCGAUGGAGACGAGUACUUCUUAGAACAUUUGAACAUUGUCGUUGAAGUAAAAGAGGUUGGCAAUUACACAUUUUUAAUGCAAAGAAGACCUGACAUUACGACUUUGGUGGGAGAAGGUUUCGAUUUCGAUAUUAUUGAUUCGGAAGCUGUACAUACUGAAGAAAUGGAGGAGAUGGAGCAAGGAAAUAAAACAUGGGGGCAGACCGAUAUUCAGUUUAAUAAUAUUAACCCAAAUGAUGUGCUUGCUAUUGAAGCCCCCAAUGAAGAGGAGGAUGAGGAGAUGGGGAACGAAGAAGAAAAAGAAGAAUUAAAAAGAGCAGUGUUAUCUAUCCUACCUCCAAAAGAAGAAGAAGAAGUGGAAGAAGGGGAAGUAGUUGAGAAAAUGGAGGAGAAAGAACCCUUAAAUUUAAUUAUAAAAAAGGAGCCAGAAGAAGUAAAAGAGGAGAACGUGGAGGGGGGAGAAGAAUACUAGUGUG